GGCGCACGUGUUUUGUUUUAUUUUAUAUAAUAAUUGUUAUUACUUUAUAUCGAUCGUUUUUUCUUAAUACAUAGCCUAGUGUUCCGCAAUAAAUUCAAAGAUGGCGGACGAAGAUGUAACUGUUAAAAAACCGACAAAACUGCUCGGUGUACGACACCUUCAGGCAGUGCUGCUGUUCUUUGGAAUGGUCAUCGCGUAUUCCAUGCGAGUCAAUGUGAGCAUGGCAAUCGUCGCUAUGACGGAUAGCAGUCAGGAAAAUUCAUUUGACUGGAGCAUGCAGAUUCAGAGUGUUAUAUUAUCAUCGUUCUUUUGGGGCUACGUGAUCCUUCAAAUCCCCGGUGGGGAGCUGGCUGCUAGAUUUGGAGGAAUGAUAUUGAUCACCAUAUGUAUUGGAGUCAAUUCUGCUGUAUCUCUAUUAAUACCAAUUGGAUCAUAUUAUGGUGGAUGGCAAGUCGUGUGUGCCUGUCGCGUACUACAGGGACUCUCUCAAGCGUUUCUUUACCCUUCAGUUCACAACCUAAUUGGGAAAUGGGUGCCUUUGGAAGAGAAGAGCAGAUUGGGCACCUUGAUUUACGCUGGUGCACAACUAGGAACAGCUCUCCAACUUAUGGCUGCAGGAUUCAUAGCUGAUUAUUGGGGUUGGCCAGCAAUUUUUUACAUUUGUGGUGGACUGGGCAUUGUUUGGACGGUCUUCUAUGUGUUCCUUGGAGCUGCUUCUCCGAGAGAUUCCAAGAUGAUUGGGGAAGAUGAAAGAAAUUUUAUAGAAAGUUCAUUGGGUCAUGUCGGCAACGACCAAAAGAAACUGCCAACGCCAUGGAAAACCAUAUUUACGUCUUUGUCAUUCAUUGCUUUGAUUGUUGCCCAUUGCGGUCAAAACUGGGGUUUCUGGACUUUAAUGACUGAACUACCUUCGUACAUGAAACAGGUUCUCGGUGUGGACAUAAAAUCUAAUGGUGUUAUGUCGGCUUUGCCUUACUUGGCUAUGUAUUUGCUGAGUUUUCCCAUCGGCUUUAUGUCAGAUUAUAUCUUAAAGAAAAAAUGGAUGACGAUCACGGCUUGCAGAAAGUUAUCUAAUUCUAUUGGCCAUUUCGGUCCAGCGAUUGCGUUGAUCGGGCUAUCCUAUGUCCCGGCUGGUUCAGUGGCAUUAGCUGUCACGCUUUUGACUUGCGUCGUUGGUCUCAAUGCUGGUCAUUACACCGGUUUUAUGUUGGUCCACAUCGAUAUGGCCCCAAAUUUUGCAGGUACUCUGAUGGGCAUUACAAAUUGCAUUGCAAACAUCAUUUCUAUCAUCGCGCCUCUUGCAGCUGGGGCUAUUAUUCAAGACGAGAAUGAUCCAAAUGAGUGGCGUAAAGUGUUUUACGUCUCAUCAGCCAUCUACGUUGCUGCAAAUAUAUUCUUCAUCAUAUUCGGCACAUCUAAAAAGCAAGCGUGGAAUGAAGUCAGCGUAACAAAAGAUGAAGAAAAAAAUAAGAAUAUCACGAAAUGCUAAGAUAAAUCGAAGAAGAUGAAGACAUUGUGUGCUUGUACAUUAAGCGAAGUACCUGAUUGUAUACAUAAAUAGUUACCAGAAUUUAAAUAUUUCUAGUCCAAUCUAUAAUUAAAUAAGAUUUGUAUUAUGAUGUCAGACGGAAUUUGAAGAAUAGCAUUAUAACUGGCAAGAAUAAACUCGACAUUAUUGGCAAAUCUAUACGUUUGUAAGAUUUUACGUUAUAAUGAUAAUAUCAAAGUAAUUUUACAUAAAUACAUAACGAUAAGUCUGCAGUGUAAAUCAUUAAGUACAUAGUUAAAUGAAGUAAUCCAUUUAUGAUUGGCACUUCAAUGCUGUGCUGUAAGAACUUGCUUCGUUUCUCAUGAUGAUGAAAUGUUCAAACGCGCUCACGUUGAUACGCUAUUUUGAUGAUUCUGUAUAUACAUUAAAUGCUAUAAAUAUUUAUCAUAAUCAAAGUGACAUAUCACUUUGUGGCUUUCAUGGUCGUGUUGUACGGUGAAUUUCUGCUUUGUUCUCACUGAAUAGCUCCAUAGUAAAGUAACAGCAUAUAAAUGUCCAACUCUAGGUUUCUAAAACCAACUAAUGCCUCCCUCUGUACCAAAUAUUUUCCAGGCUUGGAGCUUAUGACACGCUGCUCUUUGCGUGGAUACACAUGAGUCAGAAUUUCUUGUAACAUAUCCACUCACGAUGUUUUUAACACCGAGUCUGACACAAAUUAUAAAUAUAAAUAUUAUUGCUAUUUCAAUAUAAAAAUUUUAAAAAUCUUAAUUUUAUUUCGUUUUUCAUACCUUUGUUUAUAU